AUGUCUUCAGCCUCAUCUUCUUCGACAAACAGGCAUAGUUCUAGUUCACGAAGAAUUAGAAGUGUUGUAUGUUAUUGUAACCCUCCACAAAGAGCCAAAGAAUUUACGUCUUGGACUAGGAAGAACCCUAACAAAAGAUUCUUAGGUUGCCGUAGUUAUAAUGGUUCUGGAGUUGGUUAUUGUGACUACUUUGAUUGGGUUGAUCCAGAACUACCCGAUGAAAGAUACAAAGAAGCAAUGUAUGAGCUUCAUCAAGUUUCUGAAGGUGUUAGAGAGGCGGAAUUCACAAGAGAGUCUGAGAUUGUGAGUUCGUUAAAACAAGAUUUGGCGGAGCAAAGGAAAAAGACUACUCUUUAUCAAACAUGCUUGAUUGUGAUAUUGUUUUUAAUUGCGAUUUACGUUUUUUUAAUGUAA